AUGUCCUCGCCAGUUUCAGAUGAAUCUUCGUCCUUGUUCAGCACUGAAAGCCUUUUAGAAGAUUACAUUGGUUGGGUCAUGUCCUGUUUCAUCACCAUUUUGUGCAUGUUUUUAAUCUUCUUUCCCGUCUCUUCUUUAUUUAAAUUUUGUAAAUCUUCAAGAUCUUCUCAACCAACGAAUAGAAAUGAUAAUGAUCAAAAAGAUGAAGAGUUGGAACAUACAACACAUUCUCAUGCAGGUUUCACUUCUGUGGUGAGAUCAUUUCUCAUUCGGAGUGUCCUGUCAUGUGUCAUCUUUUUUGUGGCAUUACCUUGGGCUUUUGAUACCUUCUCAAAUCAAAUCUACACACAACCUGACACAUUGAAGAAUACUGUGGCCAUGACCAUUCAUCAGAAUAUUCCUUUCAUUGCGGAUUUACAUGCAGAUACUUUGAUGUGGAAACAUCGAGGAGGAUUUUUGACAACGGAAAAAGGUCAUGUCUCACUUUCAAAAAUGCAACGAGGAAAUCAAGCAUUGCAAGUGUUUGCAGCUGUCAAUUCCAUUCCACACACGCUCAAUAUGAAAACCAAUGUCAAUUCUACAGAUAUUUUACCAUUUCUCAUGGCGAGUCAAUUAUAUGACUACUCUGCUUGGUUUUCUCCAUUCCAACGAGCUCGUGCUUAUAGUAAAUUAUUACAUGACUAUCAAUCAGAAAGUAAGGGAUUGUUCACCAUUAUUAAGAAUAAGAAAAUUUUAGAAGAGUUUGUCUCGAAACGAGCUCACAACAAGAAUCUCGUUUCUGGAUUGUACUCCAUUGAAGGAGCUACAGUUUUGGAGCACCAACUCGAAAAUGUUCAAAAGCUCUACGACAUGGGAGUGAGAAUGUUUGGUUUGAAUCAUUUUGGUGACAAUCAAGUCAGUGGCUCACUUCAUGGCCUCACAAAAUAUGGGCUCUCUGAUUUUGGAAAACAAGUCGUUCGAAAACUUUCUGAUUUGAAAGUUAUUAUUGAUUUGGCACAUGCAUCCGAGAAGGCCAUGAGUGAAGUAUUGGACAUGCUCGAACGAGGAGAAAUUUCCACAACUGUCAUGAUUUCACAUACUGGACUCAAAGGAAUUUGCAACACGACUCGUAAUCUUUCAGAUGAUUUUGCUAAACGAAUUGCUAAACAUGGAGGUGUUAUUGGAAUUGCCUUUUUCAAAUACACCACUUGUGGACAUGGUUUUGAAUCAGUGGCUCGUUCCAUCAAGUAUUUGAAAAAUUUAUUAGGAGGAAAUUCAGUUGAAAAUAUUGCUCUUGGAAGUGAUUGGGAUGGUACGAUUAAGGCCUUUGGAGCCAGUGAUCAUUUGGUACAUUUAACGGAUGCACUCAUUUCUCAAAAUUUCACAGAAACUGAAAUUUCUCAAAUUAUGGGAGGUAAUGUAUUGAAAAUGUUACGUCGUUCAUUACCCGACUAUUGA